UGGCCCAUUUUUACACAACUGCCGAAAUAUGAUCGUUCAUAUUGUGUAAUUUGUUAACAGUCCGUACUUCCCGCUUCCAUAUCAUUGUUGCACAAAAACAAUACAAAGAUUGUAUUUUGCCUGUCGACCACCUUCUUCACGUGAUUUUCGCGAAAAUAAAAAGCAAAAUUAGUGUUAACUCCGACGUUGAACCUUUUCGUUGCCGACACAAAUCACCGGAGCCUCAUGUCUCUCUGCUGGUAUUGUUUUUAAUGUUUUAUACCGCGCUUGGAUUUAACCAUGGAUUUUCGAAAUGAGCUUGAUUUUCAAUUUUUGGAUUUAGAUGAUUUAAAUGAUAAUGAUAAGGAUCAUUUAAUAAGUAUUUUGAAAUCCAAUAUUACUACAGAUGCCUUAAAGUUGCCAUGGGAUAUAGUUGAGACCAACAAUGAUAUCAAUGCUUCUAUAGCAGAGAUUCCACAGAUACAAAAUCAAUGGUAUCAUAAUGCAAUACCACCACCACCUUCAUAUACACAACAAAUAAUGUGCAACGAAUGGCAAGGGCCACCUAUGUACCCAGUUCCAACAGAUGCUCAUAUACAACCAUUCUUGCCUGCCAUUACUUAUUCUCAUCCUGGAUAUAAUCUUGGAGGUGAAAUUCAUGAUGUCAACUGUAAUAGAGAAAAUAAUAGAAGAAAUAAUAGAGGAAGAGGUAUAAGGAGAGACAAUUUUAGUCGUGGAAUGAAUCCUGCAAAUGAAAUGCAACCAGGAUACAUGGGAGAACAAGGACAAUUUCAUCCACAAUUAUCUUUUGUCGUUAUGUAUCCAGAUCAAGCCCAACAACAACAAUUCUCAGGCCAUGUACACUAUCCUCCAUUAGCAAUAUAUCAACCGAAUCUUCAUACACACACAAGCACACAUCCACAUGCACAGCCCACAUAUGGAUAUCCUCCAUAUCAUCCUCCAUCUAAUAAUAUGAGAUGUAUUCGACAACCAGCACCGGUACUUUCACAGCCUGCUCAAGACUGUACAAAAAUACAAACCACAAAAUCGCACGAGAAACGAGUGCAAAAUGUCUACACACCUGUCAAACAACCAUUUCAUCAAAUAAAUGAAGAGGAUAACUCUUCUCAGACCAAUAUAGUUACUACAGUAAUAACUGUGAAUAAUAGUAAAGUCGAACAGUGCACUGAUAACGUGGACAAUAAUACUGCCAUCAGAAAGAAUUCCAAUGCAAAUGGAAAAGUACCCCCUGUAAAUGUGAAAAUAGAACACAAUAUUGUAUCAACCGUGAAUGAAAAUUGUAACGGAGCUGAAAAGAAUGAUGUGCCAUGCGUAAAUAUUAAUAGUAGCAUUGAAGUAAAACAAAACGGAGAAACUGAUAAGGAGUAUAAGAAUGAAACUGUUUCUAGUAUCAAAACUACUGUUGUUAAGACGUUGUCAAAACCAAUUUCUAAAGGAGAAAAUGAAGCACAAAAAGAGGAUACAUCUGUCAAGAGUAUGCAGGAUGAAAUUGUCACUAAAAUACCAAUCAGUACUUCUGUUACUACUACUACUCCAAUAGCUGUUUCCACUGUAUCACCUUCAGGUGCAUCUAGUAUAUCGUGGGCUAGUGUCCUGAAAAAAGGAAACACAGAUACCCAAUUGACUCCAUCAAAUUACAAACCUAUGGCACGCAUUAAUCCUUUACCUGCUAGCCCAAUUACAGAAAAUAAUAUGACCCCAAAAGUACUGUCACAGUCCGAAAAAGAUCACUGUACUAGUAGACCAGAUUUUACAAAUGAUAAUUCACCAUCUAGUUCUCAAAACAUUGUAAAUGAAAAUAAGAACACACAAGCAGAAUCAUUGCAGAAUCGUUAUAAUGAUCCUAUCGCUUAUCGAAUGGGCGAAUUUUUAUUGAAUUAUCAAAUGGAUAAACAAACCGUAAGUUUAUUACCACGAGGAUUAACAAAUCGUAGCAAUUAUUGUUACAUCAAUAGUAUAUUACAAGCUUUGCUAGCUUGUCCACCUUUUUAUAAUCUUUUAAUGGCUCUACCACAUUCUAAAAAUCCCAGUAAAAUGUCUUCCACUCCACUUAUCGACAAUAUGAUCAAAUUUGUAUAUGAAUUUACACCCCUAUCGGAUGGUGCACGAUUGGCUAGAAAAGAUAGAGCAAACAAACGGGGAGAAGAUACGGUAGUAGACAUACAAAGUGGAGUGGCCUUUGAACCUUCUUAUGUAUAUACAAUGUUGAAGAAUACAUCAGCCGCGGGUGUAUUUUCUGUGGAAGGGCGUCAAGAAGAUGCAGAAGAAUUCCUUUCGUGCCUUCUGAAUGGUAUCAAUGAUGAAAUGCUUGAACUUAUUAAAUUAAUAAAUAACGACCAAAACGUAACGACUAAUGUUGAAACUAAUAUAAAUUAUAACAACGGAGAAGAAGAGUGGAAGGUAAUGGGCCCAAAAAAUAAAGGAUCUAUCACACGAUGUACCGAAUUCGGUAGAACACCAUUAUCUGAUAUAUUCCGCGGACAAUUGAGGUCUAGAGUAUCACGAGCAGGAGAACAGCCAACAGAUAACGUUCAACCUUUUUUUACGUUACAACUUGAUAUUGAGAAAGCUGUAUCCGUGAAAGGCGCACUCGAAAUUCUGGUUGGAAAAGACCAAUUAGAAGGAAUGACGUGUAGUAAAACAAAACAACAAAUAGAGGCCUGGAAACAAGUUACCUUAGAAGAAUUACCCGUCAUUCUUAUAUUACACUUAAAAUGGUUCGACUACAAACUUGAUGGUUGCUCAAAGAUUGUGAAAAGUGUGGAGUUUCCAGUUGAUUUGAAAUUAGAUAGUAAAUUCUUGUCACCAAAUGCUGUGAAAAAAUUAAAUCCCAAGCAAAAACACUAUAAAUUGUUUGCUGUUACUUAUCAUGAUGGAAAAGAAGCAACAAAGGGUCAUUACGUCACGGACGCCUUUCACGUUGGAUACGGUGGUUGGGUCAGGUAUGAUGACAGUUCACUAAAAGGAGUUUCAGAAAGUAACGUAUUAAAGCCAACUCCUCCCAGAGUUCCAUAUUUAUUAUACUAUCGAAGAUGCGACACUAUUGGAAAUAAUCAGUCGAAUAGCGGUAAAGCACGUUAGAAAGAAGAGCAUUAAACGUCUAGAUGAAACUGUAUUUUUAAGUCUAAAUAGG